CUUAUGAAACUUUCGAUCGUGCCGAUCGCGGUGUGGCCACUGGCCACUGUGGCGUCUGUGGCCCCGCUCGUCGCUCGGCUCGACGCCUUCGCCAGCUUCGCCUUGCCGGCCUCGCCCUCGACAGUCGACGAUAUGACUCUCGGUCGCGGGUCUCUUUCGGCCAAUUGACCAGCUUGUGAACGUCUCAAGAGCGCGUUAAGUUUUUGUUUUCAUGGCCAUUAUACAAAGAGUACGUUUCUCCGUAUGAAUUAAUGAAUUUAUUAUUUAUAUUUUACGAGUUUUUAUUACGAAUUUUAUUUUCUUUAUAGUAUUGUUCGUGUAAUUAUUUCAUAUAUCUUUCUCGUAAGAAAAUAACUCGUUUAACUCAUGUAAUACAAUGUAAUUACGUUGCAAACGCGUGAGCUGCCUAACAACUGAUUUUUCCAUACGUAAAUUUAUUAACCAUAGAUUGAGCAGUUUGAUUGAUCGUUUAAUUGAACUUAAUUGUUCUUCAAUUGCAUAUAUUUUAACCUAUAAAUUUGUAUAUUUAUUGCCUAUAAGCUCUCAAUAUUCUGUCUGCAACAACUAGAAUAUAUAUUUUAAUUAUUUAUUAUAUCGCGAGAUUAAUUAUUUUAUUUACUUUAUGUAUUUCAAGAGAAAAUAAUUAAGAUGAUACUGCAAUUGAUUCAGAUACAUUUGUAUUCUUAAUGUUUGUUUGUGAUUUUCUAAAAUUAAUUAUACAUGCAGGGUGCAUGGACAAAAAAACUUUUCCAAUUUCACUUUUUCUGAAAUUCAUUGUGGUAUUGGGGCAAGAGAGAAAAUGAAAAUUUUCGUCGCAUUAAUUUAUUACGAAUAAUAUAUUAAUUCUCUUGGCGAGGAGAAGGCUACUUGUGAAAAUCGACGAUACCGUCCGCGCCGUGGUGAUAUAUAACGAUAAGGAAAGAAAAAGUCGAUUUCGCGAUGAAUCGGCACACUAACAAAAGUCACAUUAUAUAGUGCGGAUGAAUUGUAGGUCAUACGUUUGAGAAGGGGCAUGGGGAGAGGAGACGAAAUCCGGUGGGGAGCCAUUCUUUUACCGCGAACUAACUGGACACGCGGACGCGGGUACAGCAGUUUCUUUCGCCCGCAGGUUCGAUUCAGGUGCGAUUUGCCAUCCGCCGCGCCGCGCCGCGCUGCGCGCGUCCAUUCUUUCGUUAUCGUGCGUGCAUGCAUGCAUGUAUGCAUGGGAAGAGCGAAGCGAGUGCUACGUAAUAAGAGAAGCGUGUGAAAAGGCGCGUCCCUCCUGUAUCGUGAUCAAUCGAUCGAUCGUACGACGUGAAACGUAGCGGUCGUAGCGACGCAACACGGUGCAGUGUCGCGCGGCUUCUCAUUGUCAGCAAUUGUCAGUAUACGACGUAUGUUGUAUGUAUACAUGACGUACGCAGGUUUUUUCUGCGCGGGCGAAAUCUUCUCGUUAAGGUAGGAAUAUGAGAAGCAAAUACGUUAACGCAAAAUAGUAUACGUGAAUUAAGAGAGAUAUUAAAGAGAAGAUUAUAUACACAUUUAAGCUAUACGUCGCGAAUGUAAGGAAUAUAGACGAAUCGCGUGUUUUGAAAGAAAGAUGCUCUCAAAAAGUAUAUGUCUUAUAUUUUCAUAAAGUAUAUUUGCAACGUGAUUUAAAGUUAUAACGGUGACGAAAAUAUGAUCGAACGAUGAUCAAAUAAUAUUUAAGUAUUGAAACAAUUAGGUGAUAUAUAUAACGUACUUCUUUGACAUUAUUGUUACAUUAUACCGCUAUUCUAUUCUAGUAUACAUCUAUAUAUAUUUUUGAAAAUUAAUCUUUUAUAUGUAAUCGAUGAUAAAAGGUAACAGUUAUAACGCGGAAAAUAGUCCAAGUUGAAAUUCCAACGCUUUUUUUCUCCGAGCCGGUGUCGAAAAAUAUACAACGAAAAGAUACAAUUAAAGUAGGUACAUGUAGACAAGAAUUUAUCACAUAUCGCUCGGAUACGUACAAAGUUGAAAAGAUAUAUAUAUAUAUAAACGUAUUAAACGCGCGCGCGAUACGACGUUAAACGUUAUAAGUCAAACGUCAAAUUUUAUAAAUGUUUCUAUCCUGUCAUUUUAUCAACAUCGAUACUAGUAUCGCGUUACCGAUAUCGUCCGUGCAUGGUCCGCGAUUCGAGGUGUGAGUGCAACGAGUAUUUUCGGAGUGGAAACAAGUUCGGUGUUGAUGACGGUACGGAUGAUGAUGAUGAGCAGCUAACGACGUGACCUUCGAUUUGAAGCAAGCAUUACGAGCAUCGAUUGAGAGGCUUGAGACACCAUGUCGACGAGUUCGAUCUUUUACAAGGACAAGUACGCGCAACAGCAAGGAGAAUCCGAAAACCAAUUUGAGGAAGGCUGCAGUCGAAGAGGCGAACGUCGCGUCACGAGAAAGCUAGGAAAAGUUGUAGCUAUAUAUAAUAUAGGGGAGAUGAACGAGGUGCGACACGUUUUGACAGCUCUGAGGACUCCCGCGAAGAGUAGUUCGAUCUUGAGUAGCGGCGUUGCGAGUGUCGCGACGGCAACGUGGUAUGACGUCCCGACACCGAUUAUCGUGCAUUGUCGUGAAUUCCGCGAGGAAGCGGAACGCGACGUCAUCAAGAAUGAUGAAGCGAGUCACUGUAAAAGAUCCUACAGCGAGAAUGAGGAAAUACAGGAAAUAAGGUUUGUUGCAGAGAAAAAUACGACGGCCAGAUCCUCCUUCGAGAGAAAUACGAACGUGCAGGAGCAUUCGGAGAUAGGCACAACACCGACCGCAACGUCGAGCUCUUUUGUUGGAGGAUUCUCGUUGUCUCCCAACAGCAUCGACAAGGCGUCGCAGAACAACGCGGAGGCUGUCAUGAGUAGAUUGACAAUGAGUCAAGUCCGCGCGGACGUUAGGCCUUGUGGCCUCGAAGUGCAAAAUCCCGAGUCUCACAUAAACGAGAGAACUCAGAAUGGCAAAAGAUGCAGUACUACGAUGGAAUUGAAUGCUACCACGACGGUAAAGACGGACGCCGAUGGAGUGCCGACUAUCAGUUUCAGUUUUUUGCGCACCGAUGAGAAUUUUCACGAGAACGACGCCGAUGAGAUCGUUAUUCUGGAAGUUGACACGAGCGAUCAAGCUGAUUUUUCAGGAAAUCAACUGUACGACCUUCCUAAGAGCGCCAUUCUGGAAAUUCAAAGUAGUCGAGCUUCCUUAGAACGAGCCAGUCGUGAUAAGGAAGUAAAUAAAUCAGGCGAAGCCUCCUCAUUACUGAUGGAUCGUCAGGAUCUUUACGAUGUGCCGAAAUCAAUGUGCAAGGACGUGUCUUCGAACAAUUUGCGAGAAGAAGUGCCAAUUUCUAGUCUUGAACAGGAAAAUUGCAAGGCUGUGAACAUGACUGUUUUGCUGGAGAAGAGGAACCAACAACACGACCGCCGAAUGAAACGUUCCACCAGAUCGCUUAAAUCUGGUAGAAGAAGCUACGGCGCAUCGGACAGCGACGGUUACGACGCUGGCAUAGCGUCGAUGUCGGGUUCGUACUCAGACCCGGAGUGUCCGAACGAGGAAGCGGCGUUGUCGGAGAGCGGUUCGAGCCGCAGCAGCAGCAAGCGGAUGAGGCUGCAAAAGCGACGACUGGGCAAGGCUUGGGGCAGGAUGCGUAGCUGGCUACGAGAGGAGAAGACUAGGAUCGGCCAAGUGGUCAACAGGCAUGCCAAGUUGCAAGCGGUCGGCGCGCUCAGUCCCGAGGUGCGAAGCAAUUGUACCACUCCCGCGCGAACAUCUAAGAGCAAGCAGCGUGGUUUCUAUGAUCUGACGCGAGCUCACACUCAGAAGACUGGCUCGAUCACCAGAGUAGAAGAGUUUGGUCUAUCGUCGGUGUCGGAGGAGGCAAAUGUUUCCGACGAUAUGGAGAGACCAAUAUCAGCAUUGCCCGAUUCGGAAAAUACAACAUCAAAUGGCACGAAAAAAUUACAUGGUAACCUGCGAAGAAAGACGGCAAGUUCGGAUGACAUUUUGGAGAAUAACAGGACGAGAUUACUGCCGGGGUCUUUUAGCAUGGAGAAACUAUGCUCACAUAUGACUGAGAACAACGAGAUGAAGACGACAACGACAACAACGACGACAACGACAACGACAACGACGACGAUGACGGCGGCGUCGGCAGUGACGGCGGGGACCAGCGGUGAUGCUGAAGCGUCGAGAGACCAUGGUGGAAAAAGUGGUCUGAUUAAGAGGAGAAUGCUCGGGUCAAUUAGAGGAUUAAUGGCCUCGACUCAUCUGUUGCAGACCUACGAGUCCGACGAGGGAGGACAAGGUGGUUUCGAGGAUGUACGAAGAUAUAUCAAACAAGGAGGCGACUUUUGCAAAGAAUUAGCAUCGAUUCUUCAUGAAAGAGCCGAACUAGAAGCUACGUAUGCGAAAGGACUCAGCAAACUCAGUAACAAGCUGACAAAGGCCUGCGCCAAGGAUCAAGGUGGUAAUAGCAACGGAGGUGUGAAUGAGGCAUGGAGGUGUGUCGGUGAGGAGAUGGAGGCUUCGGCGGAGGCACAUCGGCUAUGGGGCAUCGCGCUAAGUGAACAACUCGCCAAACCGCUUAGAGUGGGCGUAGCGGAGAUGCAAGGCCGAUCGAGAAAGAGCAUUGAAAACUCGGUGGACAAGGCAUCUAAGUCGCUUCAAGAAUGGCGUGGAAUAGCGGCGAAGAGCAAAAAGCAGAGUUUUGCGAGUGCGCGCGAGAACGAGAGACUGCAGGAUCUGGCACGGUUGCAAACCAUUAGUCAAAGCCAGCAGAGCAGCAACAACAGGUCGUCGAGUCAUCACGUUACGGAAAAGGAAGCGAGCAAACUGGAGGCUAGACGGAGGAAAGCCGAAGACUCGUCGCGUCGAGCCGACACCGAAUUCUACACGGUCAGCGUGAGAGCCGAGAGGGCCAGGCUGGAGUAUGAGAGUACGAUGAGGAAGGGCGCGAAGCAAAUGGAACUACUUGAGGAGGAGCGACUGAGCGCUCUGAAAGAUCUCGCCAACGUGUACUUGACGCACUUGCAGGCGCUCGCGCCACGACUACAGCAGAGCGCCGAUCGCUUACUAACGCCCGUACGCAGCUGCAAUGUGUCGCAGGAUCUGGAGAUCCUAAAAAAUCUCGUACGCCGAAUGGAUAAUCACGAUGUGACGAACGCGGAGCAGUUGUUACCAGAUUUCUACGCCGAACACGUCACGCUGGCAAUGAAUCGCGAACGGCGAAAGCAGGCGUUGGUGAGGGUGCUACAUCUUAUAAGGCAAGAUCUCGAGAGGGAAAGACGGGGUAGAGAAGGGCUGGAAACGUUACACCGAGCCUUUGUCAAGACUCCAGCGUUUGCGGCGGAUGAGAGCACGCAAAACGUGACGGACAAACUGCAUCAUAUGCGUUCGAUGUUGUUAUAUUUGGAGGCAGCUAGAUACAAAGUCGGCGGUACGCUUGCCGAAGUGGAGGGUAGCAAACGGAUCAAACAUCCUUUAUCGGAGCAUAUCCUAAUCUCGAGAGACAAGCAGGGUUUACAGCAAAGUGUUCUCAAGAUUCCUUCUUCGGCAAAGAAUGAAUCUUUUGAAGUUCAAGACAGUGAUGACGAGCUCGAGUUGCAUGCUUUGACUAAGGAUCAAGACGCAGAGACCCGUGAUUGGGCUGAUCGUACAGCUGGUGACGGCAAUUCGGAAAAUCCGCCGGAUGAGGAUGACUUCAGCGACUUUGACGAGUUCAGCAGUCAUUCGGAAGACAACAACAACCAGAUUGAUGGUACAGAAGUAUCAUCGACUAAGAUUGAACGUGCGGAGCAAUGCCGAGCGAUCUACCAGUACUCGGCAAAUCUGAACGACGAACUCAGUCUCAAUCCGGGCGACCUAAUAACUGUCCAUCAAAAGCAACCAGACGGCUGGUGGAUAGGCGAAUGCCGAGGCCGUACCGGUAUAUUCCCCGCCACUUAUGUCCAAGUCAUUCAUUAGUAAACCGCGCGAAUGAUUUUGUAUUAUCGAUACUUGGGGUUAACAUUUGAAAGAAUUUAAUUAAUUCGACCAGAGACAUGUCGACCACAUCUGAUUAUAAUAUCCUUUUAUAGGAGUUUCCAUCUAGCUUCGUUAAAUCAGAUAAGAGUAUUAUAAUGUGCCAAUAACGUUACACGCAACACCAUUAUUUUAUACGCACAAUCGUGGAUAUUUCGACCAUAAGCGCUCGCUUAAGCUCGUAUAAAAAUGACUUGAGAAUUAAUACCAAAUAGUAGUUACCACCACUACAUCCGAUACGUUUAGUACCAAUAAAGUCUGGCGAAAAUAUUUUAAUCAUUACAA